AUGGAUUCUCUGGCGACGGAUAGAAUCUGUGUCAUCGGCGCGGGUGCUGCUGGGCUAAUCACGGCUCAUACUCUCAUACAGGAUGGCUACCAGCACGUCGAGGUGCUCACCCGGGACCCGACGCCUGGGGGCAUCUGGUCCGCCGGCCGGGUGUACGACGGGCUGAUUAUCAAUAACAUCCAAGGGGAAUACAGAUUCUCGAACCUUGACCUGCCUCCGCCUCCGCUCUCAUCAUCGGGUGACAUCCGUCUAUCCGGUCAGGACUUGCAGGCUUAUAUGGAAACAUUUGUCGAACGAUUCCUUCCCGAUUGUAUCAGGUACAACACCGAAGUGCUCAACAUCCGGGCCACUGCUCGGGGCGGAGAAGGUCUUCCCCACGGCGAUGAUCACGUCUGGUCUGUGAUGGUCGAGGACAAGACGAGCAAGAUCAUAAAGGUCCGCGAAUACGAGAAAAUAGUGCUGUGUUCAGGGGGUAACAGCGAGCCUCAUUAUCCACUUGGUCUUAGUCCCAAGGAGGCGCGCACGAACGGGUUUCAAGGACCUGUUAUCCAUUCUUGCGACUAUGCUGCGCGCAUGCACGAGGUACUGGAUGCCGUGAAACCUGCAUCCGAAGGAGGAGGCACCAUAACCAUCAUAGGCGGCGGCAAGUCAGCAUCGGAUAUUGCGACUCACAUGGCGGACAAGGGGCGGAAAGUCACGAUGAUCUAUACGACCAUCGAUGCGGCAGUCGCAGCGCCGAUUCCCUUGCCCUUAUGGUUCGCGAGAGGCAGGUUCUUCUCCGCCUUGUCGCCUCACAUUGAGCUCCGCACAUCACUCGAACGAUUUCUGCCUACAACCUGGCUUGGAGGAAAGAUUGUUCACGGCUUCUGGGAUACCUAUCAAUGGCUCGCGUUCAAGACGCUGAACGUACCCUAUGAUUCGCCUCUGAGACGCGCUCCCAAACUGUUUUGGUCAACGCAUGCUAACAACCAGGGUUCAGGCGCUCUGGGACUCUUCUACAGGUUGGUCAACGAAGGCGCAAUCGACAUCAUUGCUCCUGCGAGGGUCACGUCCUUCUCCGAAGAUGCUCAGGCUGUGGUCCUGAGUGACGGGCGACUGGUGUAUGCCGAUGCGGUCGUGCUCGGUACUGGUUACGUAUCUUCGUGGAACAAGUUGUUCGACGACACGGCCUUGCAAGAGCUCGGGCUUGGUUGCCACGCGCCCCCGCCAGCGACCCAAUAUUACCGAUGGGACUACACAACCCUCGCUGAAUCCUGUCCCGAGCCACACCCUGCGAACAAACUGGUCACUUCGUCGAUCUAUCGAGGGCUGGUACCGGCUAAAAACAUCCUCAGCAGAAAUUUCGCUAUCAACGGCGCUAUCACCACGACGAACGCCGGGUAUGCUUUUGAGACUUCAGCAAAUUGGAUAGCAUCCUACUUCCGCGGAGACAAGUUUCUGCGACUUCCCUUGACUGCCGAGGAAGCAAUGGCUAGUGCUGCGUAUAAUGCAGCGUGGCUCCGAAGGCGGUAUCCCAACAUACAUAUGUCUGCGAAUGACAGCGUCAGCAGCGACUUCGCCCUGUGGUGUUGGCCACAGAUCCUCGACACGUUAUUGGAGGAUAUGCAAUUGCCCAUAAUGAGAAGCGGUGGCAACGCCCUAACGUGGCCAUUCCAGGUGAUCGAUGUGAAGGAGAUCGCACAUCUGAAGGAGGAGCGGGAAGCCUUGAGGAAUGCAACUUCAACUCUAUGA